AUGGAAGACGCGCCUGAGGGCGGCGAUGAUGAGGUGGAGGACGACGUGGAACUACUCAAUGAGUCGCUUCAACUAGUAGAAGACAUGGGUGGGCAUUCUUCAGCGCACGGCUCCGAACCAGAAUCUGAAUCCGAACCCGAGCCUGCACCUGCGCCUGUACCCAAGACCGCCAAAGCAACAGCCAAAUCUAGCCAAGCAAAAGCAGACGCAAGUCCUAAGAAACCAGGGCGACGCGGAAGACCACCGAAAGCGAAAAUAGUCGAGGAAGAACCUACCGAGGAGGAACACAGUGAGGAAGAGCCAGAAGAGCCCCAAGAAACCACUAAACCCGCCAAAGGUCGACCCGGACGGAAACCCAAAAAUACUGCUCAACCGAAGGAGUCCAAGGUACCUCCAUCACGGAAACGGCCUGCGCAGGAGGAGAUUGAAGAGAAUGAAGAGCAGGAAAACGAAGAGUCGGAGCAAGAACAAGAACGAGCAGAGCCACCGAGACAGGUCAAGAAACAACGAACUGAGGCUCCUAAACCGUCAAAAUCGACUAAAUCAGCACCAUCAAAAGCUGCUUCAACAGCAGAGGCAAAAGAACCAAGAGGGAGACCUGGGCGAAAGCCCAAAGUGCAAGCGGCUGCGGAUGCUGCGGACGAUGUUGGAGAGACCUCUUUCGCGGCGCUUCAGCGCGGGCCUCCUUUACCCAAAAAGCGUGGUCUUGUCUCUGUUCGCCACGACGUCGACGAGGUACAUACGACAAGAUCUGGAAGACAUUCGUUCAAACCACUCAGCUGGUGGGCAGGUGACAAGGUGGUUCAGGAAGAGGAAGAAUUUAAGGACGUUUCUGGUCGCGAUCGCUUCGUGCUUUCAACUAUUAAAGAGGUCAUCCGUGCUCCUGUAGAGGAUGUGCGCGCCAAGCCGUCAAAACCGAGAGGUCGGCCUGGCAAGGCAAAAUCAAAAGCUACGAGACAGGUUGAAACCGUUGAGCCUGAAGACUGGGAGCUUGAUCCGGGUACUGUCAAUGGCGAGGUGAUACUAUGGGACCCGGAGCAUGAGAAGAAUCCUCCCGGUGACGAAGAGCCGGUGGAGGUGAUGGAUGAUCGGAUCGCCAUAUCAGGCCCGGCUAUUCAAACCCGCGACGUUCAAGGUGUAUCUUUCCGUAUGGCCAAGACGCUCACAACGCCUUUUAUGGGCGCAGGUGUCGUCGAUCUACCUGCUGGUUCAGAGAAACGGCCCAAGAACUCGCGCAAGAUGCACAUGGCAUUCUUUGUGCAUACCGGAAAGGUGCUUGUUACCGUGAACGAGGCAUCAUUCCGCCUCAGUGCUGGAGGCAUGUGGUUCGUCCCCAGAGCAUAA